CACAAGCAGAGAAAGGACAAAUCUGUUGAAACCUUUCUGACAGAUCACAUUUUUAAAAACUGCUGAGUGCUGGCUUUUUGAUCACCUUACUGACAAAUAAACCUUUGUCUCCCUUCCAAUUUACAGCUCUCGGAAAAAGAUAAACCCUACGUAGAUAUCCAGGGACUCACGGCCUCCACCAUGGAAAUCCUGCUAGACUUUGUAUAUACAGAAACUGUUCACGUGACAGUAGAAAAUGUCCAAGAAUUGCUCCCAGCGGCGUGUCUGCUUCAGCUGAAAGGUGUGAAACAAGCUUGCUGUGAGUUUCUAGAAAGCCAGCUGGAUCCAUCAAAUUGUUUGGGCAUUCGGGAUUUUGCUGAGACACACAAUUGUGUUGAUCUAAUGCAAGCUGCAGAGGUCUUCAGCCAGAAACAUUUUCCAGAGGUGGUUCAGCAUGAAGAGUUUAUCCUCUUAAAUCAAGAAGAGGUUGAAAAGCUCAUCAAGUGUGAUGAAAUUCAGGUGGACUCUGAAGAGCCGGUUUUUGAGGCAGUUAUAAACUGGGUGAAGCACUCAAAAAAAGAACGGGAAGCAUCGCUGCCAGAGCUGCUGCAGUACGUGCGCAUGCCGCUGCUCACCCCCCGCUACAUCACGGACGUCAUCGACACCGAGCCUUUUAUACGAUGCAGUCUGCAGUGCAGAGACCUCGUAGAUGAAGCUAAGAAAUUUCAUCUUCGACCCGAGCUCCGGAGUCAAAUGCAAGGACCCAGGACAAGAGCACGUCUAGGAGCUAACGAAGUCCUGCUCGUGAUCGGCGGCUUUGGCAGCCAGCAGUCACCUAUUGAUGUCGUGGAGAAAUACGACCCGAAGACUCAGGAGUGGAGUUUCUUGCCAAGCAUCACCCGUAAGAGGCGCUACGUUGCUACAGUGUCCCUGCAUGAUCGGAUCUAUGUGAUUGGGGGGUACGAUGGUCGCUCUCGUCUCAGCUCGGUGGAGUGCUUGGAUUACACAUCUGAUGAGGAUGGUAUCUGGUAUUCCGUGGCUCCGAUGAACGUACGGCGGGGCCUGGCAGGAGCCACGACCCUUGGAGACAUGAUCUAUGUUUCCGGUGGGUUUGAUGGAAGCCGACGUCACACCAGUAUGGAACGAUACGACCCGAACAUUGAUCAGUGGAGUAUGCUGGGGGACAUGCAGACAGCACGGGAAGGAGCGGGGCUUGUCGUAGCUAAUGGAGUUAUCUACUGCCUCGGUGGCUAUGAUGGGCUGAACAUACUGAAUUCUGUAGAGCGUUACGAUCCCCACACUGGACACUGGACAAACGUCACCCCGAUGGCCACUAAGCGCUCAGGGGCUGGAGUGGCUCUGCUGAAUGACCAUAUUUAUGUGGUUGGUGGCUUCGAUGGGACAGCACACCUCUCCUCCGUGGAAGCCUAUAAUAUUCGCACUGAUUCCUGGACAACUGUAACGAGCAUGACAACCCCCCGCUGCUACGUGGGGGCCACCGUGCUGCGGGGAAGGCUGUACGCAAUCGCUGGAUAUGAUGGCAACUCACUGCUGAGCAGCAUUGAGUGCUACGAUCCCAUCAUUGACAACUGGGAAGUGGUAACCUCCCUGGGGAUGCAGCGCUGUGACGCUGGAGUCUGCGUCCUUCGGGAGAAGUGAUCUGGAGGGAACUUACAAAGAAGAACAUCCUGAAAUGUCUCGGCUGGAGGAAGAGUCCCAAGUGAUUUGCAGUGACUGUUCUUGAGAGUUGUGGAUGCUGUGGAAAUAGGCACCAGAACAGCAGCUUUCUGUGCUGCUUUUGACUAGAGCAUGUGCAUAAACGUGUUAUCUCAGCAGUCAUUUGAAAUCAGGGGCUCUGUGUGAAGCUGGAGAAAGGUGGUGAAGUAGGUCGGGAGAAGCUGCAUUCUCUGCUGUUCUUGUGGCUCAGUCUAUUGGCAGAGCAGAGACGCCCCCAGCCAGCCUGGUGAAUGUUUCCGAGGACAUGUACAUACACCCAGGUGGUCUCCUCAGCCACUGCGGGACCACGCAGGUCCCUCUGGUUGCUCUCAGCCAUGUGGAUGUGUGAGGGUGAAUCCAGCUGCUCUUAUGUUCCAGCUUCAAAUCAUCUUGUACAUACUGAAUGUUUAAACAUGCUCCUCAAGCGCACGUCGGUGCAGAGCCAAAUUGAGUGAGCAUGUGUAAGGGGGUCCUGCACUGUAGCUGCGUCUGCAGGUUCCUCACAGGUCUGCACACAAAAGGAGUCGCAGAUUAAAGCUGUCAACUACUGACACCCAAAAGCCUGAGGCUGCAGGGGGCAGAGGGCAGGGGGAAAAGCUCACUGCCUGGUGUAGAAGCCGGUCUGCAGCAUUUGUGCUCUGAUCGGGGGGCUCAGCAAGGUUCAUCACAUCGUAUUUCCCUCAAAAAUCUUGACAGACCCGGCUGCAAAGCGCUGCAUUUUCUGGCAGGAAGAGCCUUGCUGUGAUGCAGCAGUGCCUUUGCUCCUACCCCUGUGGGGAGGUCACCGUGCAGAGGCUGUGGCCCUGAA